GGCGGCAGAAGAAGAAGAGCAGCGUAUCACUUUCUGCACGACUCGUUUCCAAGGAUAUAACCGGUGCGCGCUGUCUUCCUCUCGUUUUCGACGUUCCUUUCGUUUAUCCCGAUUCACCGGAGAGUGUAUAGUGUGAUUAGUUGGGAAGUCGCCAGUGCUUCGCACCACAUCGUAAAUUCGUUUCUCGAUAUAUGCACACCUUGUUGUUUCAAACAUCGACCGAUCCUUCGAAGAACCGAACGAGAAGAAACGGACCGUGAUACGAGAAGAUUACCAACGGAAGGUUCUUUGUGCGAACACGAAUCAAACGAAUGUACAUACAUGCAACGAGCAGGCUGUACCUUAGGAUGUGAAAGAAGAAACGAAAUUUAAUUACCCGCUUUUUUUCGUUCGAAGAAAUUCUCCGAGCCUUCAAGAUUCCCUUGCAAUCAUCAGCCUUUAUAACGUAUACGACGAGAAACGCACGUCGAAAAUCCAACGAACCCGAGACGCGUCCCACCCAAUCGGUCCUCUCGAAUCAUCGUCGUGGAAUCGUCACUUAUCGGACAAGGGGAACGAAGGAACGGACGAACUAUCCGUGGACCUCAGCGCUGCCGCCCGCUGGAAUUUCUCCUGUCGUCGUCUGCACAUAACCUCUCUCCCUCGCCUCUUGGUCGUUCACUUUCUAUCUCUCUCCGUUCACAACCUCUCACCUCUCUGUCCCUGUUAUCGUUCUAUCUCUCCUUCUUCGUCUCCCUCGUCUCCAACACUCGGAUCGUUCGUCUAUUUCGCAUCGAAGAGAAGAAGAAACGUGAUCAACAUUCCCGUGUUUCGUUGAACUCGUUGUGCGCGCGAGUGACACGGCCGCUUUUAAUGAUCGCGACCACGACAAAUGCUGCUCGUUCGUGUUGCUCGAUGAGCCGUUCGCCGCCGCGUGGAUAUCCGGAGUCGAGAGUCGAUCAUCGGUGAUCGAGAGAAGCAACGGUGACACUCGCACGAUCCCGGCGUUACGAAGCGCAGCCGGUUGUCAGUCUACGUAACCUAGAAGCGAACGAGGAAAGAACGAAGAGAGAGAGAGAGGUGACGAUGAAUACGCCGCCGCGCACUGGAACGUUGGUGGACGUGAAAUAAAUAUAUUCGAGAAGCUGUCGUGCCGAACGCAACGCGCACUGGCCAUUUUUCUCCGGCGGCCGAUUAAACUGUUGCACGAACGUACGUUGAGGCCCGUAUUUCGUAUCUAUGCUCCCCGACGCGAGAAUAGCCGGUUAUCGUUGCUUCGUACCGGCCACGUAUUUAUCGAACGAUUCCACGGAGAAACGGGGAGCAAGCAGAGUGCAACCAUGCGUCGCUGUACCUUGAAACGUCACAGAUCACGCUGGACGAACUCUUGAGCGGGAUCGCAAGACGCGCGCUGCGGCUACCACCGAAGCAUUCAACCUGGCGGAAUCGUCGAAGAAACGGAAGACGUACCUCGGGGAGCACUGGCUCACGCUCACGCGAAUAUGAGCAUGACUCUCGUCCGGAAUACGUUCAAAGGUUGCAGCGAGGACGAGGCAGCAGGUGUCGUGAACGCGGAGGUGGGCGGAGGUUGCGCGGCCGGGGCGCCAACCACAGGAAGUGCCGCUGGAGGUGGUAGCGGGACAGGUAGCGAGGCUGGGGGCGGUGGUGGUGGUGGUGGUGGCGGUGGAGCAGGAGCAGGAACAGGAGGAGGCGGAGGCGGAGGCGGUGGUGGCCGUGGUGGCGGCGGCAGCGGUGGCGGUGAGGGCGGAUCGACGAAGCAGCAGGGUGGCGAGAGGUGUCCCCAGUGCGGCUUCCUCUGCCGGGACGUCCACGUGCUUCAGCUCCAUCUCGAGGACACGCACAAGACCCCGUACGCCAUCGACAAGAACGAUCUCAACGCUCAAUUCCCCCAAGUGUCCUGCCAGGUGUGCAGCAAGACUUUUGCUAACGUCUACCGACUCCAGAGGCACAUGAUCAGCCAUGAUGAGAGUGCCGUGCUUCGUAAGUUUAAGUGUCCCCAUUGCGAGAAAGCCUUCAAGUUUAAGCAUCACCUCAAGGAACACCUUCGCAUUCAUAGCGGUGAAAAGCCAUUCCAAUGCAACAACUGCGGCAAACGUUUCUCCCAUUCGGGCUCGUAUUCGAGUCACAUGACCUCGAAGAAGUGCCUGAUAGUGAACUUAAAGAAAACCAGGCACACGAGUGUGAGCAACGUGGACCGAGGCCCGAAGAAGGCGCAACAACCCCUGCCGGCGGGCCGGCGCGAGGUCGAUCUGCUCGCGGCGAAUAAUAACACUUUCCUCCCUAUUCUGCCGAAGCUUUCACCCUCGGAUUAUCAGGAGAUACACAGGGAAGGAGCGGGUAUUUACGAUAUGCCGACCCUUUUGCCGCAAAUGAUGGGUUUCGGCAACUACUUCCUGCAAACGUCCCUGGGAAAAAUCCUAAAUCAGCUACAUUCCAAGAGAUUGGACGAAGUAGCCGAGCAAUUCGAGUCUCAUCGCGAGCUUAUGAGCCCGUCGACCGCGGAUUCAGAGGGAACGGAGGGCACGGAGGGCAAAGACUCUCCGGCACCGGCUGAUCCUCAGGGUUUGGACGCUGUUCGACGUAUCCUGGAAACUGUGAACACCUCUGUGACGAAGCAACUGCUCGAAUUGAACGUACUGAAACUCUCCAGUUGGCCGGCAAUGAUGAAGCGAGAGUUCGAGGAGGAUUAUCAAGAUCAAGACAGCGAAAUGUCCAGCGAAAUGGCACACUAUCCAGACUGGUCAACGACGGAUCAAUAUGAUUCGCAGAGCGAAGGUUUAGCGGCGAAGCUCGAAGAUGUGAAUCAGCCCAGCGCGAAAUCAGGCUACAAGAGAAAAGCGGAGGACAGCUCGGAGGCGGAUUCGGAGGACGAGGAGGACGGUACACAGACGCACAACGAUAACGGAAGGCGGGUUAGGGCCAGAUCGUUGAUAGACGACGAGCAAUUGGCUGUUCUCAAGGGUUACUAUGCCAUUAAUCCGCGGCCCAAGAAGGAGGAGAUCAUCAUGAUCGCCAACUACAUCAAUUUCCCUCCUCGCGUCGUACAGGUUUGGUUCCAAAAUUCACGGGCGAGGGAUCGACGAGAAUCGAAGAUACCGCCUCUGGUACCGCUGGCUAAUCCCGUGAGUCAAGUAGCGAUCGAGCAACCGUUGGACUUGUCGAAGAAGGAGGCUUUAACACAGUCCACGUGCAAGGAUAACGACACUGCCUUUGUAAUGCACACCUCGUCGUCCCCUGUUGAACAGAAGAACGAAAAUCCGCCGGUGCCUAAUCAGGAUACGGACGAUCUGGAGGAUUCGCCGCUCGUCAUCGACGAGGAGACCACCGAUUCCGUGGAAACGAAACGUACGGUCACGACCGGUGGAGAAAUUGUUCCGAAGAGUGUAUCUCAGAUAAACGUGAAAAGCGAAAGCGAAAACGCGAGUCAACCAGAAGCUCCGCCAGCGGCGGAGAUCGAGCAGGGUGUCUACUUCUGUGAUCGGUGUGACAAAACAUUCUCCAAGCACAGUUCCCUAGCAAGACACAAAUACGAACAUUCCGGGCAAAGGCCGUACAAAUGCGUGGAGUGCCCAAGGGCGUUCAAACACAAGCACCAUCUGACCGAACACAAGCGACUACACAGCGGCGAAAAGCCCUUCCAGUGCUCCAAGUGCCUCAAGCGCUUCUCUCACUCCGGCUCCUACAGCCAACACAUGAAUCAUCGUUACUCUUACUGCAAGCCGUACAGAGAAUAG